UUGUAAACUGGAAGCCGGGGUCUACGGGCGGUGAGAGCGACCGUGUCCGUGUGCCCGUCGCCGGAUUGUCUUCAUCUUGUUGGCAUUGGACCCUCGGUCCUCACCCAUCAGACAAUUACCGUCUGCGGCCGGGAGACUUACAGCACUAUUCAACUAUGGCUGAUGCAACUCAAAAUGGCCCUCAGGGUGGUAUCUUGCAAUUCAUGAUGGCUAACAAAUUAGAGGCUGCAAUGUGGCUUUCUCGACUCUUCACAGUGUACUGUUCCAUCCUCUUUAUAUUUCCUUUCAUGGGAUUAUAUGAAGCUGCCAACUUUUACCAACGUGCCCUGUUGGCAAAUGCCCUUACCAGUGCACUUCGAUUACACCAACGCUUACCUCACUUCCAGUUGAGUCGUGCUUUUCUGAGCCAAGCCCUGCUUGAAGAUAGCUGUCAUUAUCUCCUUUUUUCAUUGAUCUUCGUCAAUUCUUAUCCAGUUACCAUGAGUAUUUUUCCAGUUUUCUUAUUUUCUCUGCUGCAUGCUACAGCCUACACAAAGAAAAUUAUUGACAUUCUGGGUCCAACCAGUUUGGCCUUUCUGAGGUCAAUCUUGGAUAAAAUUUCAGCUAAUCAGCAGAACAUUUUGAAGUUCAUUGCCUGCAAUGAAAUUUUUCUGAUGCCAGCCACCGUCUUCAUGCUUUUAAGUGGGACUGGAAGCUUGCUGCAGCCUUUCAUUUACUACCGAUUUCUUGUACUACGAUAUUCCUCACAAAGAAAUCCCUACUGUCGGACUCUCUUUUCGGAGCUGAAAAUGCUAUUACAGCAUUUAAUCAUGAAACCUGCUUGCCCUGGAUUUUUGCGAAACAUGUGUCUUAACUGUAUUUCUUUUAUAAGCCGAUUGGCUCCCACUGCAAAUUAAAGUGAGCUGGAACAACAAAUCCUCUGAAUGAUGAAUAAACAUGCUGAGCAAGCAGUAUCCAUGUUAGUUGCUGUCAAUCCCAAAUAUAUUCCAAAAGUCUGUGUAUUUUUGUAAGACCCUUUUCAUAUGAAAUUUUAACUUAGAGACUGAAGUUCAGUUCUAAAUGGUUUCAGUUAAAUUUCCUAGCUAAAAUUUUCAGCUGAGAUAUUGAAUAGCUAAAAUGUUAGUAUUGGUUUUUUUUAAUCAAAAAAUGACUUGAUUAGGUAAUGAAGGUCAAAUCAAUAUUUACUUUUAGGCAACAUAAUGGAAGAGGAAAAGUGGUAUAACAGGUCUUUUUUGUGAACCUGUUAAAUGUUCAUUGUCGUCGAUUUUGUUAUCUGUACCCUACCUUUAUUUUGUAUUAGCGUGUCCUCAGGUACUGGUACCUGGUUAGAGUAGGAGCUAUCAAUUUGACAGUGUCUGAGUUACAGAUGAGAGGCUCUCCACAUCUUGAAGUGCUAUAUGUAAAAACAAGCACUGGUGCACUAACAAUGGAUGCACUGUACGUGGAUGUCUGUUUGCCAGUCAAGCAGUAUACCCAUUAGUUAGGCUUAUCAAAAUGUUUUUGGGGUGACACGAGUUUGGAGUCUGAUUAUGAUAAUACUCUGAAGUAAAUAUGACUAGGGUAUGAACUAUAAUUUGUGCUGGGGUCUUUGCAGAAUAAAAUAUGUGAUAUAAACUGUGUAUUGUACACUUCCAGGCUCUCAAAAUGUAUUCUGAACUGUUAGGCAAAACAUUUCACAUUAUCUUUCUAAAAUGGUCUGACAUUAAUAUAUCAGAGUUUCAAUAUUGGAAUGAAUGAAUAUUAUCUUUAAUGCAUGUAACCUUGUCCUAUUAAUUGCACUGAAAUAAUUCCUUUAUGGUUGUAAACGUUUUCAUCUUAUUCUCAAAAUCUGUAUUGGUACAGAAUGUUCACAAUAAUGAAAGUCGAGCUAAAUUAGCUAGUAAAUUUAAAAAAUAAACUUUUUAUAAAAUAUAAUGUUCAAAGUUUCCUACUUCACAAACCAAAUACUUAUGGAACAAUUGUCACCCUUACAAAUACAAGAACGACUGAUACUGUACUUUUUGUUAAUACUCUGGAACUGUAGGAGAUUUUAUUGACUGGAAGUUACUGUACCUAAUAAAGCUUGACAGUAAAGUA